CUCCCCUCCGUCACCCUCCGCCCCUAAGCCUCGCACAGAGCGCCGGAGGCUGCACUGAACACGUGUUGGCCGUCGGGGCUCUAAAGCCCCCUAAGGGAGGCGCGGCAUCCGGCGGUGUGUCUGGAGGGCCCUUUCCAUCGAGGGAACGCAGGUGCAAAGGCACGGAGGCGAGAAGGGGCCUGGCGCCCGCGAGCCUCGAGUGGAGCAGGCUGAGCACACAGUCACAUCCUCGCCACCAGGAAGUAUUGGUUUUACCUCCAAAUUGUCUUGACUUUGCUUCUUUUGCCACCACCCUGAUCUAAGUCUCUAUCAUCUCCUGCUUGGACCACGACCCUCAGUCUUCUGGGAGGGGAUGUGAAGAUGCUUAAAGAGUGUCCAGGGAUGGCGGGAGAUCCUCAGCAGCAAAUGGGUGUCCCUGUGGUGAAACUGGAGAAAGAGUUGCCAUGGGGCAGGGCGAGGGAGGACCCCAGCCCAGAGACUUUUCGCCUGAGGUUUCGGCAGUUCCGCUACCAGGAGGCGGCUGGUCCUCAGGAAGCCCUCAGGGAACUCCAGGAGCUCUGUCGCCAGUGGCUGCGGCCCGAGCUGCACACUAAGGAGCAGAUCCUGGAGCUGCUGGUGCUGGAGCAGUUCCUGACCAUCCUGCCCCGGGAGUUCUACGCCUGGAUUCGGGAGCAAGGCCCAGAGAGCGGCAAGGCCCUGGUGGCCAUGGUGGAGGACUUCACGGAGAGAGCCCUGGAGGCCAAGGCGGUUCUGUGCCACAUGCAGGGAGAGCAGGAGGAGACAGCGCUUUGCAGAGGUCCUUGGGAACCAAGUGCCCACCUAGGGCCAGUGGAGGUCAAGCCCGAGUGGGGGAUGCCUCAUGGAGAAGGAGUUCAAGGCCUAGGCCAAGGCACUGAGGCACAGCAGCUCAACCAGGACCUCGGAGAGGGGACGCAGGCCUUCCAGGAGCAGGCUCUGCCAGUUCUUCAGGCUGGUCCUGGCCUCCCUGCAGUGAACACCAGAGACCAGGAGAUGGCAGCGGGGUUCCUUACAGCUGGAUCCCAGGGGUUGGGUCCAUUUAAAGACAUGGCCCUGGCUUUCCCUGAGGAGGAGUGGAGGCACGUGACCCCAGCACAGAUAGACUGCUUUGGGGAGUAUGUGGAACCCCAGGACUGUGGGGUUUCAUCUCCAGGCCUGGGGAGCAGGGAAAAGGAGGCGAAGAUCCAGCCGGCAGACCCCAAGGGGCCGCUUGCUCGGGGGCCGGCAGAGAGGUUUGGGGACACCGCUCUCCAGGGCCCGGAGCUCGGAAGAACCUGUGAGCAGGAGGCCGGGAGCUCCGUGGGAAACGCGCCCGGGCCGCCUCCUCCCCCGCAGGGCGUCACCCCUCUGCUCAGUGACCUCAAGUCCCAAAGCUCCUUCUGGAAGCCUUUCCAGUGCCCCGAGUGUGGAAAAGGCUUCAGCCGGAGCUCAAAUCUGGUCAGACACCAGCGGACCCACGAAGAGGACAAGUCGUACGGCUGCGGGGAAUGCGGGAAAGGGUUCGCGCUGCGCGAGUACCUCCUGAAGCACCAGAGGACGCACCUGGGCAGGCGGCCUUAUGUGUGCGGCGAGUGCUGGAAGACCUUCAGCCAGCGGCACCACCUCGAGGUCCACCAGAGGAGCCACACGGGCGAGAAGCCCUUCCAGUGCGGGGACUGCUGGAAGAGCUUCAGCCGCCGGCAGCACCUGCAGGUGCACCGGCGGACGCACACCGGCGAGAAGCCCUACACCUGCGAGUGCGGCAAGCGCUUCAGCAGGAACGCCAACCUGGCUGUGCACCGGCGGGCCCACACCGGGGAGAAGCCCUACGGCUGCCAGGUGUGCGGGAAGCGGUUCAGCAAGGGGGAGCGGCUGGUCAGGCACCAAAGGAUCCACACCGGGGAGAAGCCCUACCGCUGCCCUGCCUGCGGCCGGAGCUUCAACCAGCGGUCCAUCCUCAACCGGCACCAGAAAACGCAGCAUCGCCAGGAGACCCCGGGGCAGUGAGGGCGCCCUGCCCGAAGGCCCCUCUUUUACUCACGGACGGUGCUGCAGAAGGCGGGACCUCCCGGGAGCACUAGGCGGAGGGAGACCUCAUCGGAAGAUGCACCCGUCUUUACUCACGGAAGGGCUGGGGGCGUGGAGGAGUGUUGGGGGCAGAGAGGCGCGUUGACCCAUUUUCUUUCCUCUCGUUCUCAAACGUAGGGGAAGAGAGAGAGAGAGGCCUGGUUUGUUUGAGAUGCCAGCGAGCACAGCGUCUCAUGUCUCCUACCCAAGUGGUGCUAACACUUUCUCUGACCAUCUUUUGAGGAAGCGACAGCCCGAGUUUCAGUUCAGGUCGAGGUUUUUCUCCUUCAGUGGGUGUUUUCACAUCCACCUCCUGAGCAAGUCUGGUUGUCAAGGCGAAGUCUUGUCCCGUGUCAGCAGCUUGAACCUCGUUUUUCUGAGAGCUGUGUCCCUGCAAGGUCAUUUGCUCAGACUCUGACUCCCUCCUUCCCCACACUGUCUUCCAUUUAGCACGUAUUUAUUGAACACCUGCUGUGCGCCUGGCGCUAGGAGUACAGUGGAGGAGACCGCUGAGACCUCGCUGCCCCAGCGCGCCUGAUCGGGCCCUGGAAGCAGACUCGCUGACAGCCCAGAGCGUCCUGAGUUUCGCUGGCUGUGAGUGCUGCGCGGGGGGAGGGUCCUCUCGCGCUCGCCUGCCCUGUUCUGCUCUGUGCUGCCCGCCCCCGGAGCCUGGUCUUUCUCUCCCAGCUGGGGUCGCUCAGGCAGCCUCAUUUAUUUUACUUUAUUUGUGGCCCCUUUGUCUCUGAGACAUUCUACUCUCAUUGGUAGUGCCCCCCAUUCCAUUAUUCCUUGAACACGAACAACUGCCCACACAUCUGUUAGGAAUUAAUAUUCUGCUGUUGCUCACUGUAUAAACUUGGGAGUGUUUUGAAAAUCAUCCAGUCCUGUAUAAAGUUCUAAUUCAGUGAGUCCAAAAAAUGAGCUAGUAUCAAUACCCUGUAUUUGAUGGCACUUUACAGUAUAUAAAAUGCACUUCCCUGCUUCCUCACUUGACCCAUUCCACAAAUAUUUAUUGAGGCCGCAGUGUGCCAGGAACUCUUCUAGGUGCUUGAGGUACAUCAGUGAAUAAAAUAGGGGAAAAUCCCUGUCCUCGUGGAGCUUGUGUGUGAGUGAGCGUAUUUGAUCUUCAGAACCACCCAAGGUGGAACCCAUGGAUGCCCCCAGGAACCCUCUGGACCUGGCAUCUGAGCCCGUGCCUUGGUCCUGACAGCUUCUGGCCCUGAAAUGCAUUCGCCACCACCUACCUCUUGUUCCUGAAUUAUCUCUGUCCUCGGUACAUCUCAGUCCUUGUCAUCUGAGAGGUGCUUGGGGUCCCUCAGGGCCACCUGGGGAUGAUGAGAUGGUAGCUGUCUGUUUUGCACGAGUGCCAAUUUAGGAAAAACAAAGAUGUUUGUAGGUGUUAAAGAAAAUCAUUAAAAAAAGAGGAGAUCCAGUAUUUGUAACUGUGUUUAAGAUUU